AGAGCCGACAACUCUCCACGUAUCUAGGCAACCACCUCAUUCACGCUUCCUAACUUCAAUCAACGAUGAUAUGGACUCUCAAAAUCGCCUUCCCAGACUUAUGCGACCGUUAGAACGGCCUGUAUCCUAUGUAUCACGAGCGUUAAUCGCAGCCUCGUAUCCUUUACGGGGCAUCUAUUACUAUUUACGCCAUCCGGCAUAUUAUCCUCUAUUCGCCAGUCGACUAAUUCCGCUCUCCAUCAUCUCGUUCCUAGUUUACGUCAUCCUCUUCACCUUCGCAUUUCUGCCUCAAUAUGCGUUCUUAGCUCUAUUUCAUGGCUGGGGCGCGUGGAUAAACGCGGUGGUUUUAGUUCUAGGCGAAGGUCUCGUCAUUAUCCAAGGCUUGUUCGAGGGCUUCUUUGUUGAUGAAUGCCGCGUGGAUGUCUUCGAUGCGACCCUCUUGGAUAAUGGCCUCGAAAGCCUCGUUGCGCCGCACCGACUCCUGUUCCCAGACGCAGCCAACUCUGUCAAGAAGCUCGGCAAGCCGACUAGCGCUGCCGUGUAUCAACCGUGGAGUUUAGUCCAGAUCGUCGAGCUAAUCGUGUUUUUGCCUCUCAACCUGAUCCCCUACGUUGGGACUCCCGCCUUCAUCAUAAUUACCGGUGCUCGGUUGGGAACAUUUGCGCACUACAGGUGGUUCGAUCUGAGGGGUUUGACGAAAAAGGAGCGCAAGAACGAGAUUAGAAGUAGGAUGUGGGAAUACACCUGGUUUGGCACCAUAGCGAUGUUGCUCGAGCUUGUGCCCAUCCUGUCUCUCUUCUUUCUGCUAACUUCAACGACGGGCGCUGCGUUAUGGACGGUUAAGCUCGAAAAGCAGGCGAGGGGACUAUCUCUUCCUACUGCCACUCCAGUCAAUCCGCAGGAACAUGACCCUGAUGAGCCUCCGCCACCAUACGUGGAUAAUCCCGUAUGAUUAUGUAACACCGGGCUGAAUUGACGAUUGAUGAAUUACGUACUCAAGUUCAAUUUUUGGAUACUGAAGAUCUGGAUCAGAGAGUAUUGAAGUAUGGCACGUGUUUGGUAUUUUUAGCAGACAUUCAACCUCCGUUCGAGUCUACCUUCUUGCUUUCCUCCCUGACGCCAUAGAACUACAUUGAUAACGAUAUCUUCCUGGACAACAUAAUGAGAGAUGAUUCAAUGUUCCGCCAUAUGCAUUCAGAGCAAGUUCCUAUUCAAGAGUAUUGAUACGACGAUCUACACCUGGAACUAUGGGGAAUUCCACUUAUGUUUAUGUAUACAUCAACGUAUUCUAGGUAUGUAGCCGAGCAAACGGGAGAAGCAAUUCAUAUGCAUCAGUUGAUCUAGAGAACAAUUAGGGACGUGAUAAGAUGUGGUGUUAUCUGGGAUUUCUGCCU